CAGACAGAAUGGUGCAUGCCUCUCCUCUUUCAGGUCCUCAGCUUUCAUUAUACCUCUUGCUGCAGGCCCUUCCUCACAUGCCAGCUCCACACGAUUGCAGAGAUAGGGAGCAAUAUCCCAAUUAAUCAGGGGCCCCGACCCAUCCCCACCCCCACUGAUCACGGGUUCUGUGGUGUGCACGGCAAUUGCGUUGCUUGCACUUUAAUUGAGCAGCCCCUGUCUCGUGGUCAGUUCUUCAGGGACCUUGAAGUCCCUUUCAGAUUUGGUGGUUGCUUCUCAUUUUCUCUCUUUUCCCCUUUUUUUCCUUUCUUUCCUUUGUUUUUGUCUUCCUCCCUUCCCUCCCCAGUGAGAAGAAGGACAGCAAGAAGGAAGAGGGAAAGCUUGAGAGCAACGAUGGCUGACGACCAAGACCUUUCGGAGGUGGAGAUGAGCCCAGUGGGCUCUGAAGACCACCACUGCCUCUCCCCAGGACCCUCCAUGGCAUCAGACAACUCCCCACACCUCACUGGCUCUGGGAAUGGUGAGAUGGGGAAGGUGAAGAAGGAGCAGCAGGACUCCGAGGCGGACGAUGACAAGUUCCCGGUGUGCAUCCGUGAGGCAGUCAGCCAGGUGCUCAGCGGCUACGACUGGACCCUGGUUCCCAUGCCGGUCCGGGUCAAUGGAAGUAACAAGAGCAAACCCCACGUCAAGAGGCCCAUGAAUGCCUUCAUGGUGUGGGCACAGGCUGCCCGGAGGAAACUGGCUGACCAGUACCCGCACCUGCACAACGCCGAGCUCAGUAAGACCUUGGGGAAGCUCUGGAGGUUACUGAACGAAAGCGACAAGCGGCCCUUUAUCGAAGAGGCAGAGCGGCUGAGGAUGCAGCACAAGAAGGACCAUCCCGAUUACAAGUACCAGCCCCGCCGGCGGAAAAAUGGCAAGGCCACACAGGGCGAGGGUGAAGGACAGGUAGAAGGGGAGGCUGGUGGGGCUGCUGCCAUCCAGGCCCACUACAAGAAUGCCCACCUGGAUCACAGGCAUCCCGGCGAAGGGUCGCCCAUGUCCGACGGUCAUCCGGAACACUCCUCAGGUCAGAGCCAUGGGCCCCCCACACCUCCUACCACCCCUAAGACCGAGAUGCAGGCAGGCAAAGCAGAUUCCAAACGAGAAGGGCGUUCUCUGGGGGAAGGGGGAAAGCCACACAUCGACUUUGGAAAUGUGGACAUUGGGGAGAUCAGCCAUGAGGUGAUGUCCAACAUGGAGACCUUUGAUGUCAAUGAAUUCGAUCAGUACCUGCCGCCCAACGGACACGCCGGCCACCCAGGCCACGUCGGGGGCUAUGCGGCAGCGGCUGCUGCUGGCUACGGCCUCGGGAGCGCCCUGGCUGCGGCCAGCGGACACUCUGCCUGGAUCUCCAAGCAGCACGGAGUCUCCUUGUCCACUGCCACCUCAUCGGUGGUGGACUCAAAGGCCCAGGUGAAAACGGAGGGGUCCACCCCUGGAGGCCAUUACACUGACCAGCCCUCCACUUCCCAGAUUGCUUACACGUCUCUGAGUCUGCCCCACUACGGCUCGGCCUUCCCCUCCAUCUCCAGGCCACAGUUUGACUACCCGGACCACCAGCCCUCGGGACCCUACUACAGCCAUUCCACCCAAGCCUCUGGCCUCUACUCUGCCUUCUCCUAUAUGGGACCUUCCCAACGUCCCCUUUACACUGCCAUCUCUGACCCUGCACCCUCCGUGCCACAGUCCCAUAGCCCCACACAUUGGGAACAGCCCGUGUACACAACUCUCUCCAGACCAUAGGGAAUGGGGAACAGUGACCGAAGCAGCGACGGAAAGGCUCCGAAGAAUCAGCACAGGCAGAAGAGCCUCCGAACUCCAAGGUCACUCAGUGCCAUCCAGCCACCAGAACCCACCAAGCAUACAGAAGUGCCUUUCUUGAUCCCAGCUCUCGCUGGCACACCCACCUAGAGGAAGGUUUGUUGUCCUUUCACCCUUUACCAAUUUCACACAGGCCACAUGACUGGCUUGCAAUGCCUUUUUGGCCUUCUAGAUGAGGAGGAUUCUAGACAUGGAGUGACUGGUCUGUGGUGGGUUUUGUUGUGCGCACCCUGGACUGUACGAUGAGAGAGACUGUCCUUUCCUUCUCCUCCCACACUGCUCCAGGGAGUUUGCAAGUUUUUCCAACAGGCCACAGUGGCCAACAUUUUGUCGCCUGCUGCAGGUGUUGGGUGGCUGCUCAGCCUCAGUGGACACAUCCCAGGAGGAGCAGUAAGGAGGAUGGCAUGGCCGGCUUCCUUGCAAUCAGCGUCGUGCAGCAGUCCUGCCUAAGAUUCACACAUGCAUGAAUCUUGAAUCCCUUGGAAGACCAACCUACGCUUGCUUCCCUGCCGAUUUCCACAGCUGCACCCUAGCUUUUCUCCCCACCUCUCCCCACCCUCCUGUCUCUGUUUAAUCCCACACUCUUCCCAGCAUGGAGGUUUGAAGGCUUGCCUGAACAGUACAUGGGAUUUGGGAACAGCAUGGCCAGCCUUAGCAUUACUUGUAUCACAGCCUGUGUGCACACACGUGUUCAUCUAUGAAGGCGGAGGAGAGGUGGGGAAGGACCAAUGAAUCAUUACGGUGCUAUGGGUGAAUCCUCCUUUUUUUAAAUUACUCUGUAUCAUUCAUUUAUGUCUGGCAUUUCUGGCCUCCCAGUCUCUUCUAAUCUCUUCAGAACUCCAAACGACCUCUGAGCAAACCUGGCCCUUGCUCUUCCACAUUUGACAGUGCCUGCAUGAAAUGAAGAGGCACCAAGAAAGCCACGAUGCACUUGCCAACACCUUGAGUUGAUUCCAGUACUCUCUGAGCUCCCACUCCAAACCCAGGCUGAACUCAUUCGUCCAUCAUGUCUCCCAAUCAGCCAACACCUCCCUCCCAUCUAUGCUGAGAAUGGAAAGAUACUCCUGUGGCUUUAAGCAAGGUAGAUACAGACCCAAUCUUGGAUGAUGAAAGAAGCCUAUUUAGGUGCAAAGUAAUCUUCUUUGCCUUUGGGUUUCAAACUGGAAGCAACCAUGUCUUAGAGAUCAACCUCUUUUUCAGCCCAACGUCUGAGGACAGUCUACUUGCUUCUCCUUUGUCACCUCCAGGACUGGGGUGGUUUAUCAUGCCAGGGAGUGAACUGGCAAAAAAACUGCCACAGGAAAAGAUGGUUCCUGACAGGUGAUUACAGAGAAAUGCUGUGGGACUUCCCAACGCAUAUGCUAGUCUAGAAAGAGACUUUAACCAAAUGUGGACUGUGAUGGGUGCUGCUGUAUCCCUCUGUUGAUAUGACUGUCAGAUGCCCUUCCUGCCUCCCUUAGCUACAGAUGACUUAUCCUUGUGGUGUUUGAAAAGAUCAUGUAGAAUGUUUGCUCCCUGUACGCAUGUAACCUCUUCCAGCCCUGUCCUCUUAUUUAUGCAAGUAGCACCUUCCUCCCCUACCUCCCUUUCCUCAGUCUCUGUGCCAUCCUAGCACCAUUAACUUUGCAUUAAACAUAUGGAAUAAUAAACUUAUAAGUUUCAUUUUCA